AUGGACUCUAUAAAGGAUCUAUCUGUAUCUUACGAUGCAAUCAAUGACAGCAACACGUUCACGAGUGGAGAUUUCAUCUCAGGACGAGUGAAUCUGACAGUGUCGAAGCACACGAAGAUCAACUCUUUCUCAAUCAAAGCUAAGGGAAAAGCAAGUGUCCAAUGGACUGAGCAUUACGGCCAACACAGCACAGUAGUGUACCAUGACAAAGAGACUUGCUUCAAGUCUGUCCAAUUCUUCGUGCAAGAGCAGGAAGGUCGAGGAGGUGACGGGUACGCACUGCUAUCGAAUGAGAGUGGACGGUCUUACCCAAGUGAGGUAGCACCUGGAUGCCAUACAUAUCCCUUCACUUUUCAGAUUCCACAAGAGAACAUGCCAGCUUCUUUCAAAGGUGCCCAUGGAAAAGUUGUCUACUUCUUAGAGGCAAAGUUAUGUCGAUCAAUGCGGAUGUCAAGCAAAGCCAAAAUUAAGUUCAACUAUGUUCCUAAACCAGACCUGACUAUUCCUUCACUGAUGUUACCUAUCUGUGAGGACUUAACGAAAAAGAUGAAAUUAUUCACAUCUGGAAGUGUCUCCAUGGAAGUAAAGCUAGAGAAGAUGGGUUAUCAUAUAGGAGAGGAUUUGAAGUUUGAAGUUUACAUCACGAACAAAUGCUCUCGUACCAUUGCACCGAAAUACAGCCUUUACCAGAAACAGAGUUUCUUUGCCAUGAAAAGGAGAAGGGUUCACACAGAACAGCUCCUGAAAGAAGAAGGAGAACGUAUUGAGCCAGCAGGGGCACGAAGCGUGACCAAAGUGCUGAAAAUCCCACCAACUACUGCCUCCAUCUUCAACUGCAGGGUUCUCAAAGUUGAAUACAGGCUCAAGGUCCAUCUGGAUAUACCAUUGGCCUCAGACCCAGAGAUUAAACUGCCAGUGGUGAUCCUUCCUGUCUCUCCUGAUGCUGGUACAAUUUCCCACCCAGAUAUACACAUUGGAUUUGAGUGGUCAGGAGGCUCAAAUCCAGCCAAUCAAACAGAAUGGAAUGCUACCUUCUCUGCAUCCUCUGGCCCAAGUAAUCUGAUGUUUGGGACAUAUACAUCAGAGUCAUUAUCCUAA